AUGCAGUUCAUCAGCAAGACUUUUGUAGUUGUCUCCCUGAUGGUGUUUGUCUCUGCCGAAGUCGAAAGGCGUCAGAAUGCCGGUCCUACCGAACUCUGCCUUGCCGAUGUAUUCAGCAACGUUAUUCCUACGCCCAUCUCGGCCAUCACGAACUGUGGGGGCAGUUUGACUUGCCAGGAAAUGAGUAUGGGUGGUCUUCCUGUAGGUCUUGUACUUAACCUCUUCGACUUUGCGCAGACUUGUGCCUAA